AUGCUGCUCAGAGGAUUACGAGCCUGUGCUGAACGUGCCUCGAAGCCGCGCACUACAAACUUGGAUCGAAUUUCGAAGACCACCAAGGAAUUGUUGGAAAGAAGAAGGGCUUUGAGGCUAGAUCCGAAUGCAUCGCACAUUGAGCGGUUAGUAGCAAACAUUAGCUGCAGAAAAGCGUUGCAGGAGGAUCUUUUGAAAUACAGGCAGAAGAAGAUUCUGAAAGCAGCACAAAGAAGAACGAGUCUAAAGAAGUGCCACAGGGAUCUCCGCGAAUAUAAUAUUCUGCUAGCAACCUUGCUGAGCGAAGACGGGACUCGCACGUCUUCUCGUCGUGAGAUGGAAAUCAUUACGGAGAGGUUCUACUCGAACCUUUUCCGUUCAUCCAUGAAACCUAGCACAGCCCCCGGACCUAAUUUUAUAUCAGCAGACUUUCUUCGGGCUGGUGGCCAUCCGCUUCAUGUAAUCUUAGCAGCGCACAUGACAUCCUACCUUCGGAAGGAAAGGAUCCCAGACCAGUGGAAGACCUCGCGAACCGUUCUUAUCCAUAAGAAUGGUGACCGAGAGGACCUUCGGAACUACCGUCCUAUACGCUUGCUGAGCGUGUUAUACAAAGUAUUCACCAAGAUCAUACUCACGCGCAUAUCUAGGACACUGGUUGAAGCUCAGCCUCAAGAACAAGCUGGAUUCCGCCAGGGGUUCAGCUGCUUGGACCACAUCCAGACCGUGUCGAGGAUAUUGAAGUUUGCCGGGAAUACCGCCUGCCCCUUGUUCUAA